CUAUGUCUAACGCUUGUGUUGUAAACAGAGAUGUGAAUUCAGCUGGAGACGCAGCUCGCGAAUAAUAAUGGACAAUGCUCAGAUACACUGCGCAAGGAUGUGUCCGGUUUUAAUGUUCUGGUUGUAAAUUUAAAGGCUUUAAAAGCUGUCGCACCUCUGUCAUGGAACUGAACGGUUAUCUUAGUGACAGUGAGGUCAACGAUGAGGACACGGCGGAGACACAGCCGCCCCACUAUAGGGCCGAAGUGCCUUCUAGUUGCGUUGCUACAGCGGACUUGGAGCGCAGUCCUGCCGGGGGAGGAGCGCUCCGAGAGCGCCGAGUGUCGAACUCGAGGUCGGGGAGACAGAGGCUCGACUCGCUGAAGAAAAACAGGCCGCCUUUCCCAUGGUUUGGCAUGGAUAUAGGUGGUACUUUGGUAAAGCUGGUUUACUUUGAGCCCAAAGACAUAACAGCAGAAGAAGAGCAGGAGGAGGUGGAAAGUCUGAAAAGUAUCCGUCAUUACCUCACCUCACACACAGCCUAUGGCAAAACGGGCAUCCGAGAUGUGCACCUGGAACUGUUGGACCUGACCCUAUGGGGGCGCAAGGGCAGCCUACACUUCAUUCGCUUUCCCACACAAGAGCUUCCAGCUUUCCUGCAAAUGGGCCGAGACAAGCAUUUCUCCAGCCUGCAUACCACUCUCUGUGCCACUGGUGGUGGCGCAUACAAGUUUGAAGCUGAUUUUCGUACAAUGGCAGACCUGCAGCUUCUGAAGCUGGACGAGUUGGACUGUCUGAUUAAGGGUGUCCUUUACAUUGACUCAGUGGUCUCAAGUGGGCCUCCUGAAUGUUACUACUAUGAAAACCCCACAGACACGGAGCACUGUGAACAGAAAGCCUACAAUCUGGAAAACCCUUACCCUUUGCUCCUGGUUAACAUCGGCUCAGGGGUCAGCAUUCUGGCGGUCUACUCCAAAGACAACUACAAACGUGUCACGGGUACCAGUUUGGGUGGUGGUACUUUCCUUGGAUUGUGUUGCUUGCUCACUGGCUGCUCAACCUUUGAAGAGGCGCUGGAAAUGGCUUCAAGGGGGGAAAGCACUCGUGUGGAUAAACUGGUCAGAGAUAUAUACGGGGGUGACUAUGAGAGAUUUGGUUUGCCUGGAUGGGCUGUUGCUUCUAGUUUUGGGAGCAUGAUGUGCAAAGAAAAGCGUGAUUCUGUCUCAAAAGAGGAUUUGGCUAGAGCCACACUUGUAACCAUCACAAACAACAUUGGUUCAAUCACACGCAUGUGUGCACAAAAUGAGAGCAUUGAGAGGGUGGUGUUUGUUGGGAACUUCUUGCGGGUGAAUACACUGUCCAUGAAGUUGCUGGCGUAUGCUUUGGACUACUGGAGUAAAGGACAGCUCAAAGCUCUGUUCCUCAGACAUGAGGGCUACUUUGGUGCUGUUGGGGCACUGUUGGAACUUUUGAACUCAUCUUGAUCAAUGCUGUCUCAUCAUGACUACUACCGUUCUCAGUAACUUGAGAAGUUCACCACAGACGCCUUGACUCUCUGGCUAUCAUCCAAUGACCAAAAGUAAUGAUGCAUAUAUUAUUAAUGAACAUUGUUUAAUAUAGUGGCUGUGUAAAUAUGUCAUCCAUUAGGUGUAUAAUGGAUAGCUCAGGCUAUGGCUCUGAUCCAGUAUUGGUUCAGGUAAAACUUUUAGCUUUUGGUUAAUUAUUUUGGAUCUGUACAACAAACUGUCCUUAAAAGCCAUGAUAUAUAAGGGUACACACACUAGUGAACAUGGUUAAUGUAAUAAUUUUUAAUUAUUAUUUUUUAAUAAUAAGUUUAAGGUAUUUCAAUUAAAUGCGCAAAAGUGUGACGAAAUUCCCAUAUGUAAUGUCGUUAGAGACCAAGUCAGGCCAGUCACUACUUUCCUUUUGUAGUAUUGAUCAUAAAUGAGGCAUAUAUUUUCCUUAGGUUCAGAAGACUUUCAAUAAUAAAAUGUUAUCUGUACAUCCUUCUAUCAUACGUUUUACAAUUACAUACAUACAUUUCAAGAAAUUGUUAUAUAUAUAUAUAUAGUUAAAUGGUUUUAGACAAAUGUAUUUUGCUGUAGUUUUUUUUUUUUUUUUUUAGGUAUUGCAUACAGACAGAGUGACAUUUUUGAAAUGACUUGUAUAUUUAUGUUACUUGGUAAAGGAAAUAUCUUCAGAUUUGGGGCUGUACACAGUAAAAAUGAGGGAAACAUGGUCCAUCAGCUCUUUACUUUGUUAAUCUGUAAAUGGAAGUAGAUGUACCUUGCCUCCUGGUGAGCAUAUUUUUAAUGCAUUUUUUAUUAUUGUGUCUGUAUGAAAGAAUUUCAUCUUUAUAGAAGUUUGGACCUUCAUCCAUCUAGGGACUAACCAAAGACAUGGAUGUUACAGGGAUUGUGGGCCAACACUUAGUUUUGCUUUUACCUUACUGUAAAACUUUAAGAAUGUAAUUUUCUUCCCGAACCGUUUUGGUGCAUUUAAUUAUGAAAUAAUUAAUAUAUUACUGUAAACAGUUACUUCUGUAUGUCAUACAGUAUGCUACACUUUGCCAAAGGUUUUGGGACACCACCCCAAACACGCCCCUUCUGUUGUGUUUCAGGGGUUGUGCUUGGCCUCUAGGUUCCAGUGAAAGGAACUCUUAAUGCAUCAGCAUACCAAGACAUUUUGGACAAAUUCAUGCUCCCUACUUUGUGGGAACAGUUUGUGCACCAGUGCACAAAGCCUGGCCUACACAGAGUCCUGACCUCAACCUGAUAGAACAGCUUUUGGAUGAAUUAGAGGGUUGAACUGUCGGGUUGAGGUGCAGGCCCGUCAAGUUCCUCCACACCAAACUCGCUUAUCCAUGUCUUUAUGGACCUUGUUUUGUGCACUAGGGCGCAGUCAUGUUGGAACAGGAAGGGGUCAUCACCAAACUGUUCCCAAAAAGUUGGGAGAAUGAAAUUGUCCAAAAUAUCUUGGUAUGCUGAAGCAUUAAGAGUUCCUUUCACUGGAACUAAGGGGCCGAGCCCAACCCCUGAAUUCAAUGAUUUGUAGGGGUGUCCCAAAACGUUUGGUAAUAUGUGUGUAUAAGUGUAUAUGAAAAGUGCCUAAAUAAAAGACAAUCAUGUGACAGAGCUCUUCAAAUAACACUGAUCACCAUCAUCAGAGAUAUUGAAAGAUGGUUUACAGGGAAUGUAUUGAGACCCACCUUUGUACUUUUUGUUAUGUUCUUUUAUAAUAAAAAAAAUAUAUAUUCUUGA